GAAGACGGAUUAUAUUUGACGACGCAUGAAAGUGCGCUUGCCGUUGUCGCGACAUCGAUGAAGAAGGCAAGAUUGCUGCUUGAUACUUUAAUCAUCAACUCGUUCAUCGGUGGUGUGUUCUUCACAAGUGGCGGAAUGCUACAUGUUAUGUUAUACUCUGAUUCUCCUCAACUUCUCGACGUGAAUCCGGGAGUCUUGUAUUUGAUACAAGGUCUCGUCUUCCCAAUAGGACUUUUUUUCGUCGUGAUCAUGGGUGUGGACCUAUUUAACUCCAAUAUCCUAUUUUUCUCCGUUGGUGUUGCUCGAGGUGCGGUUUCAAUACUUGAUCUAAUUAUCUCCUGGUUUGUGAGUUGGUGGCUCAAUUUGGUGGGAAAUAUUUUCGUAUGCUAUAUCAUUUGCAACUUUUCAUCUAUCUCGUCUCUGCCUUCAUGGGUGACCGGAUCCAUCGCUAUUCUCAAUGAGAAACUCGAAUUCAAUUUUGUGCAAACUCUAAUAAAAUCUAUGGCUGGGAACUUCUUCGUAUGCCUUGCUAUUUACAUGCAACUAAUGGCGAAGCCUAUCCAUGUCAAACUAAUUUUGAUGACUUUGCCCAUCUUCGUGCUCGUCAGCUUGGGCUUUACACACGCUGUUGCAGAUAUGUUCUUAAUCAUCAUUGGCUUAAUCAAUGGCGCUCCUACAAAUGUGGCAACUGUGGCUUGGAAAUUGUUCUUGCCUGGUGCGCUUGGAAACAUCAUCGGAGGCGCUUUCUUUUCUUUAAUUGUACCUUUCUAUUUACAUAUUGUUGCUGUGGAGAGGGAUCAAAGAAAGUUGCGUUUGCCAAGAUACGAAAUGAGAGAUCAACAACCAGAAAUCAAUCAAGAUUCAAGAGUCGUGCGUGGUAGGCCGGAAGAAGAGAGCGAAAGUACUGAAUCGGAUACCGGAGCCGAUGAUAAUGAUGCUAGUAUAAAGUCACCUAGAGAGAGCGGGUACAUUUCUGACGGUGCCUCUAUUCGAUCCCCAAGCAUUAUGAGCCGGAGGAAAGUCUUGCUGCGGCGUUCCCCUUCGAAUGUCUUCCCUGUGUAUGGUAUGGGGCCCCCUCGUGAAAGGGAACAAUCGAUAGCC